AUGGCCAGCUUCAUGUCCAACUUUUUCCAGUCCGGCCGCGACAAGGCUGCCCAAGAGGCCGCCCGCCCCGUGACGCCUACCAAGAACACAAACAACAACUUCCUCAACCCGCUCAACACCCCGCAGGGCAGCCCCAGCAAGAAGACUCACCCCCCGGGCGCCCAUGAUUUGCCCACGGCCUUUGACAGCGCCAUGUCUCUUAACUCUGGCGACGCAGACACACCAGUCCGUCUCUCGCGCCCCCAGACUGUUGUCACACCGCUCUCGCCAGCCAAGACCAACGCCCAGCCUGUCGAUGACGGCAGUCUUGUUGCCGAUGAUAGCGUCCUGCACAAGGGGCCGACUCCGGGCAGCCCUCUAAAGAAGCAGGGCCAGGAAAACACCCCUCCUGUUCAGCACACUACACACGCUGCGCUCUCGCGCCAGCAGCCGUACGAGGGCAAAGAGCGCCCCCUCACACCAGCCAAAAAGUUCAACACAUCCCGCGGGCUGACAGCCGAGGAACGCGAGAUUCUGCAACGACCAAGCGUCCGCCGACUCGUCAAUGUCACUCAACUAUACUUUCUUGAUUAUUACUUUGAUCUCCUCACUUAUGUCGGCUCCCGACAAAACCGCCUCGCUGCUUUCAACGCCGAGUUCCCUGCGCCGCCUGCGACCGAUGAUGCGACUUUCAAUCAGAUGUGGAGCAAAUAUGCUGGUCGUGAGCGUGCCAACCUUCGCAAGCGCCGCGUCCGUCUUCGCCAGGGUGAUUUCCAGAUCCUGACCCAGGUCGGCCAGGGUGGCUAUGGUCAGGUAUUCCUGGCGCAGAAGAAGGACACACGCGAAGUGUGUGCACUCAAAGUCAUGAGCAAGAAGCUGCUGUUUAAGCUCGAUGAGGUGCGCCACGUCCUCACCGAACGUGAUAUUCUCACGACUGCGUCCAGCGAGUGGCUUGUGCGACUGCUCUACUCUUUCCAAGAUGACAGGAGUAUCUAUCUUGCCAUGGAAUACGUGCCGGGCGGCGAUUUCCGCACUUUGCUUAACAACACGGGUGUCUUGUCCAAUCGCCAUGCCCGAUUCUACAUUGCCGAAAUGUUUUGCUCCAUUGACGCCCUGCAUCAGCUCGGUUACAUUCAUCGAGACUUGAAGCCCGAGAACUUCCUCAUCGACUCCACUGGCCAUGUGAAGCUCACCGACUUUGGUCUGGCCGCCGGUUUCCUUGCCCCAUCGCGCAUCGAGUCCAUGCGUGUCAAGCUGGAGGAGGCUUCUGAGACGUCGGUGCCUUUUGGCAAGCCCAUUGAGCAGCGCACUGUUUCCGAGCGUCGUGAAAGCUACAGAAACAUGCGCGAGAACGACGUCAACUAUGCCAAGUCGAUUGUUGGCUCGCCCGAUUACAUGGCUCCCGAGGUCCUUAGAGGGGAAGAAUACGACUCGACAGUGGACUACUGGAGUCUGGGAUGCAUGCUGUUUGAGGCACUCACUGGUUUUCCGCCAUUUGCUGGUGCCACUCCUGAGGAGACGUGGCGCAACUUGAAGCACUGGAAGGAUGUCUUGAAGCGUCCUGUUUGGGAGGAUCCCACGUACUUCCUGAGCAACCGCACAUGGAACUUUAUCACUACCUGCAUCAACUCGCGCAUGCGUCGCUUCAGCAAUAUUCAGGAUAUUUACAACCACCAGUACUUUGCCGAGGUGGACUGGGCCACGCUGCGCCAGACGCGCGCGCCGUUUGUGCCGGAGCUGGACUCGGAGACGGACGCGGGCUACUUUGACGACUUUGGCAACGAGGCCGACAUGGCCAAGUACAAGGAAGUGCACGAGAAGCAGCAGGCUCUCGAGACGAUGGCGGACCGCGAUGACGAGAUGAGCAAGAGCCUCUUUGUCGGCUUCACGUUUCGCCACCGCAAGCCCGCGACGGGCGAGGAUGGCGCCAGCAGCCCGCGCAAGAGGAUUCCCACCGACGACGCCUUUGGCACGAUGCUCUAG